AUGCGUUCAACCAUUGAAGAACAACCAUUUCAAAGUUCACCACCACCAACUAAUGAAAUGAAUUCAGGCAAUAAUGCCCAUACGACAACUGAAGUUAAUCAUCAACCAUCAGUUCAGCCAUUAUCACAAUUAGAAGGUGAUGAGUUUUAUACACAAUUUCGUCAGCAAUAUAAUGCUUAUUGGGGUACCUUGAAAUUUGAAGAAUCAGUUAAUGACAAUUCUAAUGAGUCAAAAUAUUUUUUAUUAAUCGAUGAUCAUGUUGAUUUGACGGUAUUACGUCAAUUUAUGAUUCUUGCAUGGAAAUUAAAGUCAGUUAGUAUUGUUAUACCCAUACUAAGUGGAGUAUCAAAUAAUAAACCAUGGAAAAAGCAAAAACACAUAGACGCAUUAAAACAAGGAAUUAAAAAUACCACCAAAGCAUCAGAAGCAUGGUUCAUUACACACGGAUUAGAUGUUGGCGUUCCUCAAUUAAUUGGUAGAGCAUUUCGUGAAGAAAAGUUAUUAAGACGAGCUGAUGAAGCAUGGGCAAUUCAGAUGAAUCGUACACCAAAACCACAAAAACAAAUUCCUAUGCUUAUUGGAAUUGUUUGUGCCGAUGAAAUAAAAGAUUUAAUUGAUUUAAAAAUUAAAGAUCAACUAAAAAUAGAAUUAAAAGUUCCAACAAAAAAACGUGAGCAAUUAUCAUUAAAUAGAGAUCAUACCCAUUUUAUAAUUAUACGUGAACAAGUAAAGAAUAGCGAUGAAAAAUCUGUAGGAAAAUUAGUUGAUUCAGCUCAAUGUAGUACAAAUAAAUUUCGUGAUCGUUUUGAAAAUUUUUUACAUAAAGGAAUACAACAACAAUCGGCAAAUAAAAAGAAUCCAACUGAUAGUGGAGGUAAAUCACAACAAAAAACAUGGUCUGAUGAUGGUUUUCCAAUGGUUUCUGCUCUUUUUCGUGGUACACCUGGAACAAUUGAACUUUUAUAUCAUAAAAUAAAUCAAGAUAUUCCAUGUGUUGUUGUCAAAGGAACAGGAUCAGCUGCCGACCUUAUUGCAUUUGCUUACGAAGAAAUUAGUGCAAAUAACGAUAAAGAAUAUGAAGAUACAUAUUUGAAAGUAGAAAUAGCCAGACGAUUAUUAGAAGAAUAUCCAACAUUAAGAACUAACAAUGUAAAACGAAAUGAAAUUCGAGAUUAUCUUAUCCAAAUAGCGAAAAAAGCUGAUCAAGGUCGAAGAAAAUUUUUAACAUUUAUUGAUAUAAAUAGUACAACAUCAGCGUUAAAUGAUUUUCAUAAAUUUAUUUUAUCAUCAUUAUUGCAAUCUCAAAAAAUUGUAAGCGGAAAUCGUUUAACAGCACAAUUUAAAAGUAAUUUAGAAUUAACAUUAGAAUGGAAAUUACCAGAUUUAGCAUUAUCUGAAAUAUUUCAACGUGAUGAUGAUACAAAAUAUAGUAUUUCAUAUGAAUUAUUUGAUAAAGCAUUAUUGGGAAAAAAAUCAGAACAAUUUGUUGACUUAUUUUUGGAUAGAGAUUUUUCUUUACAUCGUUAUUUAAAAUCAGAUAAAUUAGUUGAUUUAUUUCAAUCAUCAAAAGAUCGAGAAUUUUUAACAACAACAUCAUUAGAAGGUAUUCUAGGAUUAACUGGGGUAAGAUUUCAAUUUACUAAUUGUAUUGAUGAAGAAGAGAUGCCAGACCAUUUUGUUGAACAAGGUUUAAAUACAAUUGUUAAACGUUUAACAGACAUUAGUCAUUUUUUUAGUAAACACGAAAUGGAUUGUAAUGCUAUGGGUAUUUAUUUUGGUGAUAAAUCUGAUCGUGGUGUAACAAAACAACGUAUGAGAGCCGAGAAGAAGGCAUUGCGACAUUUGAUUAUAUUUUCUGUACUCAUGAAUCGUCAUCAAUUAGCAAAAUUAUUAUGGAAACGUUCAUCAGAACCAAUACCAAUGGCAUUGAUAUGUUGUAUGAUGUUUAAAAAAUUGGCACCCUAUUGUCAUGAAUCAUAUCAACGAUUAUUAAUUGAAAAACAAGCCAAGGAAUUUUCAGAUUGUGCCGUUGGUGUAUUAGAUAAAAGUUUUAAUGAAGAUGAUCAACGAACAUUUGAAAUGUUAGAUGAAAAACAUCCAGAUUGGAAUCAUAUGGCAACAGUUGAAUUAGCAUAUAAUGCUGAAAAUAAGGAAUUUAUGGCACAUGCUGCAUGUCAAAAAUGGUUAACUAGACAAUUUUAUGGUGAAAUAACACCACGUGAAUUAUCAUGGGGUCUUUUUAAAACACCUGAUUAUUUAAAAAUUACAUGUAGUGCGUGUCUCAUAUUUCCCAUGUGGUUUUGGAUUAAUUUUUCACCAAUUGGUCAAGCAGAACCACCUCCUAAAAAAGUGAGCGAUUUACAAGGUGAUAAAUCGAAGAAACCAGCCAUUGGCUCAGCUGAUCAAAUCGAAGAAGGAAAGAAGAUGGCUGCAUAUGAGGCAGAAGUUGCCGUUCAUGGAGGGAACAACAACAUUUUUACACGUUUAACUAACAUAUUGUGUGGUAAACGAGGUGCUGCUGCAAAAACUCCUUCUGGUGAACCACCCAUGUCAGCGAGCGAAGAAAUUGCUACAUUAUGGUCAGCCCCAAUUACAAAAUUUUAUACGAAUUUUCUUGCAUAUUUGAUAUUUCUUUCAUUAUUUACAUUGGCUGUAUUAUGGCCAUCGUGUGGUAAUUUAUUACUCGAUUGUUUUGUAUGGUUUUGGGCAGCAUCAAUUGCAUUUGAAAAUACUCGUGUAGCAUAUGAAAAAUAUUGUUCUCAAAGUAGUUUACCGUUAGGACAAGCUGUAUUAGAAGUUCUUGUUCAAACACUAUUUUUAGCACUUUAUCUCGGAUUAAGAAUAAUUGGAUUAUGGAAUUUUGGAACUUGUCGAGUAUUAACAGCAAAAUCCGUAUUGGCUCUUGGAUUGAUAUAUUAUUUUUACCGUAUUUUAUUUAUAUUUUUACCUAUUAGUCCUAAACUUGGACCAAUGAUGAUUCGAUUACGUUGUAUGAUAAUGGAUGAUUUUAUCACAUUUUUACAAUUAUUUGUUAUAUUUAUGAUAUCUAGUGGUGUAGCUAUUACAGCUGUAUUAUAUCCGCAUUUUCCAUUGAGCUUAGAAUUAUUCAUUAAAGCAUUCGUAUUUCGAGGAUUGAUGGCAUUGUUUACCAGUGAUACACAAGAUCUCAAACAUUCACAUUCACAUUGUACUAUUAAUGCAACAUCAAGUGCUGAAUCAGAAUACGCUUGUCUACGAUUAUCACAUGGACUAUCAUUUAAAUACGAUAAUUUAUAUGCAUAUCAACGUUAUGGUAUAUCAUCACAAAAAUGCAAUCAAUCAUCUUGGAUAGCAUGGUUUCUACUUAUACAAUAUUUCUUUUUGGCCAAACGAUUUCUUACAUCAUUGCUAACAGCUAUGUUUGGUUUGACUGGUGCUCGAGUUCAAAGUCAAUCACAACAAAUUUGGAUGUUUAAUCGUUAUGAAAUCGUUAUGGAAUAUGCUAAGCGUCCUCGUCUACCACCACCAUUUGUUGUUAUAUCCUACAUAUUUAUGGUAAUUACAAGUGCUAUUAGUAAAUGUGUUCAAAACUUGAAAAAACAUGCUGAUGGAGAUAGAACAAGAACAUACAGUUCAAGUAGUAAUAGUAACGCAAGAGAGUUAGUAAAAGAUGUAGCAAAUAAUGCUCAAGGUAAACGUUUAUUACCACAAAUAACAGACAAAGAUGAUCAACGUGAAGUACCACAGGACAACUCAUGUUUGGGGAGAUUUUUAAAUUGUAAACCAUUCAAACAAAUGCUUGAAAGUGCAGAAGCAAAGAAAACUGUCAGACUGGUAACAUGGGAAGAUAGUGAAGCUAAUCUCUAUUGGAAAUAUAAAGCCGAAGAAUUUUAUAAUAAAACGCAAGAGACGGAUAAAACUCAAGCAAAACUGGAUGGUUUAACAAGCAAUGUAACUAAUGUUCAAAAAGAAAUUGAAGUUCAACAGAAAACAUUGAGACAAGUCAAUGAUCGUGUUGUUUCGUUGGAAAAAUUAAUGAUCGAUAGUCAUAUUCUAAUAGAAAAAAUGCGCUCCACACUUGUACAAAAAGACAAAUUAAUUGAAGAAAAUCAAAAAUUUGUCCACAUUCUAUCUCGGGAAUCACCAUAUAUCUAUACAAACGAGGCACGUUUUCCAGUUACCGAAAAAUUAAUUCCUUGGGAGAUUCCAUUUGAUCUUUAUGAUCCAACAGUGGUAACAUUACCAAAAGAACAUAGUUGCUUCCGUGAUGAAGAAAGACCAUUUGUUGAAUCAGACUUAUUAAAACGUUCAGGGGCAACAUCCGAUAGUGAUGAAUUAAAUUCUCCUGACAUAGGUCCAGCGACAUCGCCAGGAAAUUUUUGUAAAUUAGAACCAUCAACUCUUCCAGUAACAUGGCCGUCAAAUAUUGAAAUCCCAGUUACCGAUUAUAAAUGGAAUGAAAUUGAUGAUGUUGAACUUCCAAAUGGCAAAAAAAUGACAGUUGACCGAACAACUUGGGUAACAAAACCUGGUGAAAAAACGCCCGGAAGUUAUCAAUUAGACAGACAAUUACUGAUACCAUUAAGUCCAAUGGGCAGAACAGGUUGUCGCGGUCGUGGUGCACUCAUUCGUUGGGGUCCAAAUAAAACGAUAAUAGCUUUAAUAACAAGAUGGAAAAAUUUACGUGGACAACCUAUCAUUGUUGAUGGACGACAAAUGCUUGAAGCAUUCGUAUUCAAAGAUAAAUCUACUGGAAAUUUUAUACUACCGGGAGGCAAAAUACUUGGUGUAGAAUCUCCAUAUAGUUCUGUUUGUAGAAGCUUUAAUAAAUUAGCAUUUGACGAUGAAAAUUCUGAACAUAGUUUAUCAUUCACAGAAGAAGAUAUGAUUGAAUUUUUUGCAUCAUUCGCUCGUAACAGUGGAGCAUCGACAUUUGAAUCACAUAUGGUUUACAGAGGUUAUAUUGACGAUAUUCGUAAUACUGAUAAUGCAUGGAAUGAAGCUGAAAUAUGGAAUUUUCAUUAUGGCUCAAACAUUCAAUUUAAAAAUUUAAGAACAGACGAUCAUGUAGUAUGGAAAGAUGUUAUCUAUCAUUCACGAGGAUUUUCAAUGCAAUCUUCUAUAUUACGUGAGAUAGCUCAAAUACACAAUGCUUUCUUUCAAUGA